AUGGACGAUUCCGAACUCGAACAGAUCCGCAAGGCCCGCCUCGAGCAGCUCAAGGCGCAGGGCGGGGCAGGAGGCGGCUCCUCCGGCGGCGGCUCAAACAAGCAACAGCAGCACGAACAAAGACAACAGCAAGAGCAGGAAGCCCGACAGCAGAUCCUCAACCAGAUCCUGCACCCCGAGGCAGCGGACCGCCUGGGCCGCAUCAGGCUCGUCAAGGAGCAGCGCGCACAGGAGGUCGAGAACCGGCUGAUUAUGCUUGCGCAGAGCGGCCAGCUGCGCAGCAAGGUCACAGAGGCCCAGCUCAAGGAUCUCCUCUCCGCCGUCGCCGACAACAAGGAGGAGGAGAAGAUCGUCGUCAGCAGGCGGAAGGGCUGGGAUGAUGACGAUGACGACUUGCUGGACUUGUAA